AUGGUUGACAAGGGUAAAAAGGUUAACAAGGACAUAGAAGUUGAAAAGGUUAAAGAGGUUGACAAGGUUAAAAAUAUUAGAGAUAACUCGAUCACUUUUAGAAUUAGAAGAUUUAAAGAAAAUCUUGCAAUGCAUCGUAAACAAUUAGUAAUUGAUGUUUUACACCCCAACGAACCCAGUUUAACAAAUAGUGAAAUUCGAACCCAAAUUUGUUAA